UUCCAAUGACCAACUUCAACUUCAACUCCAAUCUCCAAGGCUUAUAAACCUUAAUUCAGAUACAUACACUAACCAUAUCUUUAUCUUCUACUUUACCCUGAAGCUUCGCUGAAAAUGUCUGGCGUUUGGAUUUUCAAGAACGGUGUGGUUCGGCUCGUCGAGAACCCAGGAGCUGAGUCUCUAGACGGAAGCAGGCAAGGGCCCAGCGCUCGCCGCAAAGUGCUGGUUCACACUCCUACUAAUGAAGUUAUCACUUCUUACGCUGUUCUUGAAAACAAGCUAUCUUCACUUGGAUGGGAGAGGUACUACGAUGACCCUGACCUCCUCCAAUUCCACAAAAGAUCCACAGUUCACCUCAUCUCUCUCCCCAAGGAUUUCAGCAAGUUCAAGUCCAUGCACAUGUUCGAUAUUGUCGUCAAAAACCGUAACAUGUUUGAAGUCAGGGACAUGUAGUGCUGCUCCUCUUGGUAUUAUGGUGUGUUUGUGUCUUAUCUUUUUUUUUUUUUUUGGGUUUUAUGUGUGUGAAUGUUUGCAUUAUAAUGGAAAUUGAAUCGUUCUAAUUUACUAGUUUUUUGAUUUUCGGGUCUGGGUUUAAUUACAUGGCAAGUACUAUGUGUGCUUAGGUUAGGCAUAGCUAAUAAUGCAGUUAAGAGUUUGCUUUGACGACUACGUUGUGGAUGACUGGCUGUCACAGUCAUGUAAAUUGUCACAGUUUCUUGUGGGAAUGAAAAAUUAGACUUCUUUUGUGUGCC